UGCUGGAGUAGAGAUGUGUUGUUGUGGAGUCUUUUCCUGCUCCCGCUCCUCCUCCUCCUCCUCCUCUCCCGGAGCUCCUCACUCGGUCCCCGGACUCAGACUGAAUCAUGUCCGCUGUGCUGAUGCUGCUGCUCGGCCUCGUCUCUCUGCUGCUGCUCGUCCUCCGCAGAUCCUCCAGGGCCAGAAGAGACGGAGAACCUCCCUUGAUUAAAGGCUGGAUCCCUGUCGUUGGAAAAGCUCUAGAGUUUGGACAAAAUUCCUUCAAAUUUCUUCUGGAACAUCAGAAGAAACAUGGAGACAUCUUUACAGUGCAGAUAGCCGGUAAGUACAUGACCUUCAUCCUGAACCCGCUACUGUUUCCAAACAUCGUCAAAGAUGGCCGACACCUGGACUUCCAUGAGUUCUCCUACAAGGUGGGUUCGCAUGCUUUUGGUUACCCGCUCAUGAAGCCCAAGGAGUUCCCCGGCCUGCAGGAGCAGGUCAGCCGCUCCUUCCUCCUCCUCCAGGGCGACAGUCUCUCUCCCCUGACAGAGAGCAUGCUGGGUAACCUCCAGCUGGUGUUACGUCAGGACUUCCUGGGGCAGAGGCCGGGUGAGGAAUGCGACUGGAAGAGCCACAGCAUAUACAAAUUCUGUAACUCUGUCAUGUUCGAAGCCACGCUCCUCACCAUGUACGGCCGGCCGCCGUCCGCCAGCCGCCACAGCGGGAUGGACGUGAUAAUGAAGAACUUUGAAAAGUUCGACACUAAGUUUCCCCUCCUCGUGGCUCAACUCCCUCUGUGGCUGCUGGGACAGACCAAGGUCAUCCGCGAGAAGCUCACCGGCGUCUUCCUGCCGCAGAAGAUGACGCGUUGGUCCAACGCUUCACAGUUCAUCAGGAAGCGAUUGGAGAUCUUCGAUCAGUUCGACAUGCUGAGGGAUCUGGACAAAGCAGCCCACAACUUUGCCAUACUGUGGGCGUCGGCGGCGAACACUGUCCCCGCCACGUUCUGGGCGCUGUACCACCUGGUGACUCACCCAGAGGUGGUGGAGGUCGUCCGUCAGGAGCUGCUGGACGUCCUGUCGCAGAGCGGCAUGGAGGUCAGCAGCGACAGAGACGUGACGCUCACCAGAGAGCAGCUGGACAAACUCGUCUAUCUGGACAGCGCCGUCAAGGAGAGUCUGCGUCUGUCCUCUGCCUCCAUGAACGUCCGCGUGGCGUUGGAGGACUUCAGUCUGCGGCUGGAUGGCGAGCGCUCGGUGGCCGUUAGAAAAGGAGAUGUUGUGACCUUGUUCCCUCAGAUUACACACAUGGACCCUGAGAUCUACGAGGAGCCUGAGACGUACCGGUUUGAUCGCUUCGUGCAGGACGGCAAAGAGAAGAAGAACUUCUACAAGGACGGGAGGAAGCUGAAGUAUUACCUCAUGCCGUUUGGCUCCGGCUCCAGCAAGUGUCCCGGACGAUACUUUGCUGUCUACGAGAUCAAACAGUUCCUGUGUCUCGUGCUGCUCCACUUGGACCUCCAGCCGGAGGAGGGUCAGGGCGGAGCUGCUCUGGACCCUGGUAGGGCCGGACUGGGGAUCCUGUGGCCCAGCGCUGACGUCCGCUUCCGCUACAGACUCCGAGCGGUUCCACCUGGAGCGACGGCUCAGUGACGCCGCUGUGUCGUUUUAUAUUACACAGGUUUGAUACCUGGUGGAGACCCGACUCCUGAACUCACUCGACUCCAUUCAUAUAUAGCGAUUGUUAGAUAAGAUCAAACAUAUACGAGUUACAAGAGUCGGCUGGACUCACCUGGAACUCGUGUCAGUAAAUAAAUUCUGAAUCGUGUCAAACUGAACUUUGAAGUCAUGAACGUUUCCUCCUCAAGGUUUUGACUGAACCUGGUUUUGAUCCUUUUGUCCACGAUGAGUGAACUUCUGGUUUUCAUCACAAUCACAGGCCUGACAUUCUUAAAUCGAUCAAUGACUUCCUGUUGAUGAAUCAAUGACUUCCUGUUGAUGAGUCAAUGAAUCUCUGACUUCCUGUUGAUGAAUCAAUGACUUACUGUUGAUGAGUCAAUGACUUCCUGUUGAUGAAUCAAUGAAUCACUGACUUUCUGUUGAUGAAUCAAUGACUUCCUGUUGAUGAAUCGCCGACUUCCUGUUAAUGAAUCAAUGGCUUCCUGUUGAUGAAUCAAUGAAUCUCUGACUUCCUGUUGAUGAAUCAAUGUAUCUCUGACUUCCUGUUGAUGAAUCACUGACUUCCUGUUGAUGAAUCAAUGAAUCUCUGACUUCCUGUUGAUGAAUCAAUGUAUCUCUGACUUCCUGUUGAUGAAUCGAUGACCUCCUGUUGAAAUAAUGAGCUGAAAUAAAUAUUAAGCUUUUUUUUAACUAGUAUUGAUAUUAAAUCUAAAACUGAAAUGAAAAA